AUGCAAAUUCUAAGCAUGGCAUCAUCUGAGACGGUGGGAACAGUCAUCAUGCAGAGCCCAUUAUCAACACAACCGCAGCGCACCCCAGACAUCGACUGCGACCCUGUGGCAAUCUUCCCGCUCAUCAACUGCUCUUACGCAGCAGCCAGGGUAGGAAUCAAGCUCGGCAGGCGUGACGCAUUCGCAGUUCUCCUCUCGACACCAGGCGUCACCGUCACAGCAGCCGAUCAGAUCGGCUGGGAUAACGCCGUUUGGUGGCUCGACGAGCGUAGUCUCCACACAAUGACCACUUCAGACGUAACAGCAUACGGCGCACUAAUCCAACACCAAGAUGACGACACGAACGGCAGGGUCUGGCAUACAACACUUACACCACAUCUCCAAGCCCAGCACCAGCGCGUCUUCCACGAGCUCGGACUGGACACAAAAUCUGCAAGCGAAAGGAAGUUCCAGCGGCUCGAUGCGCCCCUGACGAGUCAGGUCAAGACGGCGCUGCGGGAGCUGGAGGGCGUGUAUAACCUUCCCAUGAGUGCGCUGAAUACUCCGGAUAGGGUGAAGAAGCGCAUGUUUGAUGGCUGGGAUGUGCCUCACUUUACGGAUAGUCUACCGACGUGGACGAAGUCGGCUGAGCCUUUGCCACUUGUGCCUGUGCCGGAGGAUACGCUUCCGAACAAGGCGAACUCCGAUACUUACAGCGGAUGCUGA